ACUCUGAAUCACUCGAAUAAAAUAUUUUCAAGAGUCGGUGUGAGUAGCGCUUAGGUAAAACAAAGUAUAGCGAUACAUAUAUUUUUCCUUGGCUUUUUAGAGCAGGGAGUGGUGUUUGCGUUUAUUUACCAAAUAAAAACAAGAGUUAAUAAGACUUUCAUGAGGUCGAUAUUUUGUCCACUGAGUUGCAUCUAAUAGGUAGUCUCAAAAAAGUAAACCGAACAGGUUUGUGUGUUGCGCGAAGUGUGAUUAGAACUAACAAAAUGUCGCUGUAUCCGUCUCUGGAAGAUAUGAAGGUGGAUAGCAUGGCGAGAGCCCAAGUGGUGCACCAACAUGUAACGCCCAGCAGCUUGCCUCCAGCGACCAGGGGGCCUAGCGCUCCCACCAUGUACCCCGCCCUCGGGGACUACAUGGGACUGGAAUUAUCGGCUGAUGUUAUUGCUCGCAAUAUGCCCGAAUAUCAGGUUCAAACGAUCCAACCUGGAGGUACUAUGAACAACCUAAUAGCUCCUUUAUCAUCACAAUCUAUGACCUUGGCAAAAUCAAUUGUUACUCAAGCCAUUAGACCUGUUGUAAUGUGCAAGGAUAAAGAUGGCAAGUGUGGUGUCAGGCUGCAUGCUGUUAAUAGUGGCAUAUUUGUCUGCUAUGUCGGUGCCAACAGCCCUGCAGCACUAGCUGGAUUGAGAUUUGGAGACCAGAUUCUUGAAAUCAAUAAUGUACCUGUAGCUGGAAUGACUAUGGAUCAAUGUCACAACUUAUUGAAGAAAGCACCUGUAAAUGGAAUCAAUUUGGCUGUUCGUGACAGACCAUUCGAGAGGACCAUAACACUUCACAAGGACUCGCUUGGACAUGUCGGUUUCCACUUUAAAGAUGGCAAAAUUGUAGGGUUGGUUAAAGAUUCGUCUGCAGCUCGAAAUGGAUUGCUAACAGACCAUCAGUUGUUGGAAAUAAACACUAUUAAUGUAGUGGGUAUGAAAGAUAAGGAAAUAUCGAAAGUGAUUGACAACAGCCCUUCUGUUGUGAACAUCACAAUUAUUCCACACUAUAUAUACCACCACAUGAUAAGCAAGAUGUCCUCUUCACUCUUUAAGGAUUUGGAUCGCACACCGGCUGUGUAAAGAAAAAAUGAAUAUUGUUCGAAAAACUAAAGAUUUUUACGUAAUUUGAGAUUCAAAUAUUUUUACAUCCCACGAAUUCUUAUUAUUAUAUUCACUAUUACUUUAUAUCAUAAAUUAUGGCACUGUAAACCUUUAAUCUACAUUAUAUUGAAAUAAAUGUUAAUAUUGGUACUAUCCAUAUAUUUAAAGAAAGAGGUCUGCAAAGAUAUUUUAUUGCUUACGGUUACAAUUACAUAUAUGGCUUAAUUGAAAAGUAAUUAAAACAUCCUAUUAUUUCAGGUCCCUUUCUUUAUGUAUGGGUCAUACAUUAUCUGUUAGUGUCAGAGUUAAAUUUUGUUAAGAAUUAUUUUUUUAAGUUAGCAAUACAGUAGUCAGUAAGGCUGUGAAAAUAUUGAGCCAACAAUCAAAUCCAGGACAGUAGGAACAUGAUGCCGUGUGAUAAAUUAAUAUUUGAAUGUGUUGUCACGGUGCUAAAACAAGUUUAGAUGGUCAUUGGUUGAUUAAGUGUCAUGGAAGGUGUUAAUGUUAAAUGCGAAAUGAUGUAUGUGAUAAGUAAAAGUUUUAGUGUGUGCUAAGUUUUGUGCAAAUUUUGAGAUUGUAAUUAUAUACCAAAAAUGUUUUUAUAAGUAUUAAUGUAGCACUCACUUUCCCGCACAGCAUUUAAAAUGACAAAUUUAUUACCGAAUUGUCCUACAUUCCCUUAUUAUUUUACAAAUCCAUAUUUACAUUUAUGAGUAGCUAUCUAGUGAAAUGCCGAACAUUACAAUGUCUGGAAUACUCUACUUUGAGAGCAGAAAAUUAUGGUUAUUACAUAGAUUCGCGUUUUAAAAAUUCAUCUAUUACAUAGUUUAUAUUCAUCGCACGGAACAUGACUGGGACGAUUAGAGCCUCACCAGGAAUAUAAAAAAAUCGCCAUUUUUUGGUAAAAAUUGGGACUAGUUUCCGGCAAACUUCAUAUUAAAAAUAAAAAGUAAAAUUGGCGACUACGAAACAGGUUAUUUGUUUUCCUUGUCAGGAUAUUGCUAUCGGUAAACCAGUACAUGUUCUAUAUAAAUACAUCGUUUUAGAUAAUCUGUAUAUUUCAGACACAAUAUUGAUUAUCCAGUAACAAAUAUUACUAGAAAUGUAAUAUUGAAAACGACAAUUUUUCCGAAACUAUUCAAUGUGUCUCUGGGUAAUUAUACAAAAAAAAAUAUAUAUAUUAUCAUUAUUGUUAUAAAUGUUAGUGUAUGUUGCCAUAGACUUAGGUUAUUAGUUAUUUGAAAUAUUCAUGGCUAUUUUAAGGGUGACAUCUUGUUUUUUAUUAAAUGAGAAAACAAAUAAUAUUGCGAAUUCUUAAAUGCCACACAGAAUAUAUUUUUUUAUACUUUUAUGUGAAUCUUUUGAAUAUAUCUACAUUAUCUUAAAUAAAUAUCUACUUUGACAGAUAAA